AUGUCUAAGCCAAUUGCAAUUAUCGCUGGUACAGGACCCGGUACAGGCAGCGCUGUCGCGCGCCGCUUUGCCCAAUUUUACCCCGUGGUGUUACUGGCUCGCUCGCAGGGGUCCCUUGACCCAUUGAUCGAGGAAAUCACGCAGAGUGGAGGCUCAGCAACAGGGAUUCCCACGGAUGUUACAAGCGCGUCUUCAAUGAACUCUACAAUUGAUCAAAUCAAGGCCAAGUUCGGAAGUGAUAUCACGGUCGCCGCCGCUAUCUACAAUGUCGCGAGCAAGUUCCUCAUGAAACCGUUCUUGGAUCAAUCUCCAGAGGAGUUCUUUGGUAGCCUGGAGCCAUCGAAUAGGGGGGCAUUCAAUUUUGCUCAAGCCACGCUGCCCUUGUUGCUGAACGGGGAGGGUAAGGGCCAGUACCCACCCACGCUGAUUUUCACUGGUGCCACGGCUGCACUGAAAGGUAGCUCGGGUCUUUCGGCGUUCGCCAUGAGCAAGUUUGCAACUCGCGCUUUGUCUCAAUCUCUUGCGCGUGAAUUUGGUCCCAAGGGAGUUCACGUUUCUCACGCCAUCAUCGACGGAAUUAUCGACACUGAGAAGACUAAGGAUUUUGGGCAGGGUAUUCCAGAUGGCAAAAUUGAUCCUCAGGGGAUUGCGGAUUCUUACUGGUUCUUACACACACAGCCCAAAAGUGCUUUUACCCAAGAGAUUGACCUCAGGCCGUACAUUGAGAAGUGGUGA